UUUUACAAAAAUUCCUAAUUAUUUACAUAUACUUUCUCAACUUUUUUUUUUAACAAAUUUAAAGUAGACAAUGUACACACCAAUUUCUUAAUUCUUUUUACUUUCUAGUAGUAGUACAAAUUCGAAGGUGAGGGUUUUACAUUAUAAAAACCGGCUACCUGACUCCUAAUCCUCAACCAGAAAAGCAAACCUACACAUUUAUGGAGGGCGAGGCAAAUAAAACCAAGGAAGUGGAAUCUUCAAUACAACACAAGCUUAGUGCAUUACCGAUGAUAUCUCCUUGUAAUAUUUGCAUUUACAAGGUUCCUCCACAUAUCUGCCAAGUAAACAAAGCUUGUUUUCUGCCUUCAAUUGUUUCCAUCGGUCCUAUCUAUUUUAAAUACCCAUCCCUAAAAUCCUGUGAAGACUUCAAAUUAACACACCUUAAACACUUCCUUGAAUUACAUGCUCUCACAUCCUCACAUCGCCAUCAUCAAGCUUAUAACUUAGCUAACUACAUUGACAUUAUGAAACAUCAUGAGGAAAAUGCACGUUCUUACUAUGAACAUCAAAUAAGUCUUUCUAGUAAUGAAUUUAUCGAAAUGAUGAUGGUUGAUGCUGCAUUCAUUAUCUGCUACUUUAUAUGUAACAGUGACUGUGGUAUCGAAUUUUCGAAUCGAAAUAAUCCUAUGCACCAAAAGAUAACAUGGAUGGUGAAGAUUACCCAUGAUUUGUUUCUGGAAGAAAAUCAAAUUCCCUUUUUUGUACUGGAAGAUCUAUACAAUCUAUCAUUUGGUGCAGCUUACCCACAUAUAUCCUUUAAGGAUCUUACUCUUAGAUUUAUUCAAAACUCUGAGAUUCUCGAAGGAUAUCCUCGAGAUAAUUUACAUGGAUCAUUUGCUUAUAAUGCAAGGAAAGCUUCAAACAUUAAGCAUCUUGUUGAUUUUUUGAGGGUAUCAUACUUACCUUCCAAUCUUCGGACCCAUCAAUACAUUAUUAAUAAAGAAGAAGUUCGAUUUUGUCCAAGUGCAAAAGAGCUAAAAGCUGCUGGAAUAAAAUUUAUUUGCAGUAGUGAAAAGAACAGCUUAUUAGAUAUUAGAUAUUGUAAGGGAAAGUUGCGUAUUCCAACAUUGAAAAUACAAGAUGAAACUGAAGCUUUUAUUCGGAAUCUCGUGUUCUUUGAGCAGUGUCAACAUUUCAGUAACUCUUACUUCAUUGAUUAUGCUAUUUUUUUAAACGAUUUGAUUGGUUCUGCAGAAGACGUACAAAUAUUAGUUCAAAAUGGAAUCAUCGAGAAUUUCCUUGGAAGCCAUGAGGAGGUGGCUUUGAUGCUAAAUCGCAUCACAAAAAACAUAAUGUUACUUAGACCAAAUUUUUAUUAUUCUGGGAUUUGUGGAGAUAUGAAUAAAUAUGUUAGCAUCAAGUGGAAUAGAUGGAAGGCAAUACUGAGAAGAGACUACUUCAAUCAUCCAUGGUCAAUUAUUUCUGUUGUAUAUUUGGUGUUUCUUCUUAUUCUCACCAUUUUACAAGUUUUUACUGGUUUUCACCACAACUAGCUAGUUGUCUACUAAUAUUCUUGUACUCAUGUAUAGAAGUAAUAGUCAAAGUUAAUAGUGAUUAAAGUCAUCUUGUUAGACUUGGUCAAGACUCAAAGUUAAGUUGAUUAUAAUGGAAAUUAUCAGAUUUGAAUGAAUGAAAAAAUGCUUUGCUUA